AUGGUAGCACGCUCGGGCAGUGAUAUGAGUAUGGGAGUGACGCAACGUGUGUCUUAUCGGCGGGCGAUAAGACAUCGUCCGGUAAGUCGGUACUACUGGCACACGGUGGGUGUCGGCGUAGUGUUGCUUUGCUUCGGAGCACUGUUCGGCAUCGGUGACGUUGGUGCAGCUGACCUUUGCCCACUGGUGGAGUCGGUCGACAUUAGCAAUGGGACACGGGACGCGGAUGGAACCAUCGAAUAUGACGGUAUUCGGUACAGCAGUAAGCAGUACUUUUCGGACGAUAGUUCCGCCGUGCGUGGUUGCGUGUGUCUCAUACGCCAGUGUCUGCAUAUCUGCUGUCAGGAUGAAAUUCCCCAAGGCGAACCGUGUCCAUCCGAUGACCUAAACGUCAACUUUACCAUGUCCGCCGAUGGGAUCGUUCAUGACACGCGCAACCUGCGGGAUAAUUCAAACUACCAUUUUCUUUACACCAAACCACAAUGUUCCGGAUCGCUGCUGACGCUGUUCGGGGAUGAGUACAUCUUGCGCUCGGACGGUAUACUAGCGUACGGGGAGAGCUUGUUUGACCAUCGGCACUACUGUUUGCAGUCAGCAGAACCGCUUGCCUACGCCGGAUACUGCGAAAUGGUGGAUGCAUACGCAAUGCACCGAAUGUACUCCGUAGGCAUCUUCAUAUCGUUGCCGUUCCUGGUGGCAACCUUCGUCGUGUACGCGUUGCUUCCAGAGAUGCAAAACAUUCCCGGCAAGUCGCUGAUGUGCUAUGUGGCGUCGCUUACCGUUGCCUACCUGCUGUUGGGGCUGAUGCGCUUCAACGUGUUCGUGUAUCGGUCGAACUGGUGCAUCGCCUCCGGCUAUAUGGUGUACGCGGCGUUGUUGGCUAGCUUCUUCUGGCUGAAUGUGAUGGCGUUCGAUAUAUUCUGGACGUUCGGUGGUAGCCGCGGUAGGUCGAGCGAGCGGCGAAAGUUUCUCUACUACAGUCUGUACGGUUGGGGUGCGCCACUGUUGAUCGUGGGGUUCGUGGCGCUGGUUGACAAUACCGAGUUUGUACACGAUUCGAUGAGGCCCCAGAUCGGCCGGGAGCGGUGCUUCGUGAGUGUGGAAAAGCUGAUUGGGUUUCUGUAUAUGUAUCUGCCUAUGCUGCUGCUCGUCACUGCCAAUGUGGUGUUUUUCGCCGUAACGGCGAUACGCAUCUACCGCAUGGAGCAGGCGACGGCUUCCGCUUUGUCGGGAGAAUCCCGACGCCACACAAAGUACGAAAAGGACCGCUACAGGUUUAGUCUGUAUUUGCGACUAUUCAUCAUCAUGGGCGUGACCUGGACGAUAGAGAUCAUCACCUUUUUGGUCGGUGAAAACACCUGGUUGAUCUAUCUGGUCGAUAUCUGCAACUGUUUGACGGGCAUCUUCAUAUUCGUGCUGUUCGUGUGGAAGCAGAAGGUGAAACAGCUGCUACUGAAACGAUUCGGCCUUAAUCGGACCGUCCCGGGUCGGAACGACCAGCACACCAACAGCACCAUCAGCACAACGCGCUCGACGGACCUGAAGACGACGGCAAACCCCGAGACUCGCCUGACGGAUGUGACUCAUGGGAAUUGA